AUGUCGCAUCCUCUGGACACAGAUGCCGGCUCGGAGCUGUUCGCCAGCUACGAGAACGAGCUGAAGCUGAUGCAGGCGGAUCUGAACCAGAAGCUGGACCAGAUCGCCGAGGCGAGCGGAGAGCAGCGGAAGGCCGCCGUCCGGCAGGCGGAGGCUGUCCUCGAGGAGGCUAUGGAGCAGCUCGACCAAAUGCGCAUGGAAAAGCAAAACAUUCCCUCAGCGGCACGCUCAAAGAUCAAUAUGCGCUUCCGCAACUACACAAGCGAUCUAGACGAGACGAAGCGCAAGCUGAAAUCCCUCUCGGACGACCGCCGCGCGCUCUUCGGCGACCGGUACACCGACGAGCCGGCGGACGAGCAGCUCGAGCAGCGCCAGCAGCUGCUGUCUGGCACCGACCGGCUAGAGCGCAGCUCGGCCCGGCUGCAGGAGAGCCAGCGUAUUGCGCUCGAGACGGAGGAUGUGGGCCGCAACACGCUGGCGGAUCUGUAUCAGCAGCGGCAGACUAUUCAGCAUACCCGGGAUAAUCUGCAGCAGUCGGAGGGAUAUGUUGAUACGAGUAUUAAGACUUUGAGGGGCAUGGCCCGUAGGAUGGCUACCAAUCGGAUAAUCACUAUCACUAUCAUUACGGUGUUGGUGCUUCUUAUUGUUGCAGUUAUUUACAGCAAGUUCCAUUGA